AUGGCAGACAAGGCGAGCAAUGUGCUGAAAAGGCUUCACCCGGAAGACGAUGAUCUCGACAGCCAGAAACGCGCCAGGUCCAACAAUGGCUCCCCUCGUCCCACCACUCCGUCGGCCUCGGCGGCCCCGCCUGGAGCGAAACCAGACAUGAGCGCAGCGAUCGCGGCGGCCAGGGCGAGGGCCGCGGAAAUCAAGGCCAAGAUGGCAGCGAACAAGGUGGGAGCAGUGAGCUCGCCUGCGCAAACAGCGACUGCCGCGCCGACUGCCACGUCAAGUGCUCUUGAUCGCAUUGCACAGCUGAAGGCUCGCGUGGCUGCUGCAACGGGUCAAUCAGCGUCGCGGGCCAAUGCGCCGUCCUACACUCCACCCAUCUACGCCGAGGACGCAUCCAAAGCACGAGGAGGGUUAAACAUUGGUCUACACCCGUCUCUGCUGGCGGAUGCGCAGCAGGAUGUGCAGAGGAGCCACGGUCGCACACCUCAAGCCAAGUUUGCGCCGGCAGCUGGCAACCGGAGGACAGAAUCGCCUGCGCCGUCAAAGGCACAGCUUGACAUCUCGGCACCAUCGCUAGACGAGCUCAGAGACAACCCUUACUUCGAUGAAAGCCUCGGGGCUCGAAAUGCGCUGGCCAAGGGUCGUCAGUCGCGGCAGCUGAUUUUCAACCAGAAGGGCAAGUAUAUCCAGCAGGCUGCGGCGCUCCGCCGUCAGGCCCAACUCGAGGCCAUGAAGAAGAAGAUUGCCGAACGAGCCAGGCAGGCAGGACUGGAAGAAGAUCUCGACACGGAGAAGGCAUUCCUCGUCCCGGCACCACCGGACCUGGAGUGGUGGGAUGAAGGUCUGGUCAACGGCAAGAGCUACGACGCCAUCUCCGAUCCCGCAAACCUCAAGAUAGACACCCCGGACAGCAUCAUCACGAUCUACAUCCAACAUCCGGUGCUCAUCGAGCCUCCACAGGAGAAGAACAACCCAGCCCCCAAGCCCAUGUACCUGACGGCCAAGGAACAAGCCAAACUUCGCCGCCAACGGCGUAGAGCCGAACUCCAAGAACAACAAGCCAAAGUCCGACUGGGCCUCGAGCCUCCUCCGCCACCGAAGGUCAAAAAGGGCAACCUGAUGCGCGUCCUGGGCGAAGAAGCCGUCAAAGACCCCACGGCCGUCGAAGCGCGGGUGAACCGCGAGAUCGCCGAACGGCACCAAAAGCACGUCGAGGAGAACGAGAACCGCAAGCUCACAAAGGAGGAACGUGCAGAGAAACUGGCCAAACAACAGGCCGAGGAUGCGGCCCGCGGCAUUCAUGUGAGGGUGUACAAGAUCGACAGUCUCGCCAACGGCAAGCACAGGUACCAAGUAUCCAUCAACGCCGAGCAGAAUGCCCUGACGGGUGUAUGCAUCAUGCAUCCCAAGCUGAACGUCGUCGUCGUCGAGGGCGGUGAGCACAGCAUCCGCAACUACGACAAGUUGAUGCAGAACCGCAUCCGCUGGACCGAGAUGGAGGCCCCGCGCGCGGUCGAGGAAGGCAAUCGCGAGGUCCUGGCCAAGUGGCUCGAGGCGUAUGAAGAAGGGAGCAACGAGCUGAAGGAUCAGAGUCUGAACAAGUGUGAAGUGAUAUUCAAGGGCGAGGCCAAGCAGCGCAGCUUUCGGAAAUGGCUGGGCGCGAGGGUCUGCGAGACGGAUGCCCAAGCGAAGGAUGUGCUGAGCCGGGCAAAGAUGGAGAAUUUUUGGGGAUUGGCCAAGAGUUUCAAGAGGGAUUUGUAA